AUUAAGAAAUAGUUCUAUAAAUAAGUGAAUACGGAUGAUAAAUUAAGGAUUAGUUGAAAGUGAAAUAAUAAGCAACAAUUACACCUCAAUCAGCACAAUGUACUUGACACUACACAUGUGAAAGCAUGUGACACAAAUCUGUCGAUGCCAAUUGCCUCUGCCAAUACUCCUGGCUCCUGGCAGAGUUCCAGAUUACUGCGUGACGUCAACGGCGAGAUGGCGACCUAGGUUGCAACGAAAAUAACGCCAUUAAUUUCGCGCCUGUGUUUUUAGCUUGUCUAUGGUUUUCUGUUUAUUUUCACAUCAAAUCGCGUUAGACAAUUUUUUGUGCUCUGAAUUAAUUUAUUACUUUGUAGUGGUGGAUUAACAAUUUUUGAGGUUACGAUGGGCACCGUACCAAAAAGGACGAAUGUAAAACUUGCCAAACUAUUUUACAAAUAUGCUGAUACAGCUGUUAAAGAAGAGACAGAAGAAAUAAGAGAACUAAAACCCGCAGAAGAGAAGAAAGAGCGUGAAUCGUAUCCACCUUAUAAUUUUUCAUGGUUUGUGAAGGGAAAAGUUGCAGCCAUGGGCUGGCCGCAAACCAUAGAGAAUUUAAAUUACCUAGUUGACUCUGGCAUCAAUCAUUUGAUUACUCUGUCACCAGAAAAGUUGCCGCCAAUUUACGAUUUUGACAGAAAAUUGAAAUGGACGGAGAUCGGUAUCAAAGAGUUUGGAACGCCUACUUUAAAGCAAAUUAUUAAAUUUAUUGAAAUUUGUGAAAGAGCAGAAAUUAAUGGAGAGGUUAUUGGUAUACAUUGUCGUCAUGGCCGGGGGCGUACGGGGACAAUGCUGGCUUGCUACCUCGUGCACUUUAAAAACAUGGCCCCAGAGCGCGCUGUACUUACUGUACGUGUACAAAGACCUGGUUCAUGUGAAACUUAUGAGCAAGAGAAAAUUGUCUGCCACUAUCAUGACUGCGUUCGAGGUACCAUAACUAAACCGGACUACCGCCUGGUAGACGACAAGGUCUACUUUGAUUGUUCCAUGAAAUAUACAUAUCCAGACGAGGAAGAUAUUAAAAAAGAAGAGAUACAAUCUGACACAAAUGUUCCCGAAUUGACAUUUGAAAAGCUAGAUGUAGCAGAGAUUAUAGAGAGGCACUCAAAAGAGAAGAAAUCAAAGGCAAUGGUUAUUAAUCAUAAAAUUUAUUUUUAAAUUUUAAAACAAAAUCUUUGU